CGCCGGGCUUGUUUGGGCGGGGCAGGGAGUUAGUUGCCGCCUCCCGGUAACUGGACUCCGGCGGCCAAACCUCCGGAGGCCGCGGGCGGCAGGCGAGCCUGCAGCAGAUCCCGGAUCCGGAAUUCCCCGCUCAGGACCGGAAUCAGGAUCGGCCCUGCCCCAAACCGAGGCUGCGAGGAACUCGAGAACUUGGAUUGGGAAAUCCCGGAACCCGGAUCAACAAACCCUAGAACCCGGAAUUUAGAUCGGAAAGUCCCGGAACACGGAUCGCGGAGCGGACUCGACACGGAGUCCGGAGCCCGGAUCGCGACAGCGCCGGACGGGAGGGAGCGAUGUCGGGCCGUGGCGCGGGCGGGUUCCCGCUGCCUCCGCUGAGUCCUGGUGGCGGCGCCGUUGCCGCGGCUCUGGGAGCACCGCCUCCGCCAGCGGGACCCGGCAUGCUGCCCGGACCGGCGCUGAGGGGGCCAGGGCCGGCUGGAGGCGUGGGGGGCCCCGGGGCCGCCGCCUUCCGCCCCAUGGGCCCCGCGGGCCCCGCCGCGCAGUACCAGCGGCCUGGUAUGUCACCAGGGAGCCGGAUGCCCAUGGCUGGCUUGCAGGUGGGACCCCCCGCCGGCUCCCCGUUCGGCACAGCUGCUCCCCUUCGACCUGGCAUGCCACCCACCAUGAUGGACCCAUUCCGCAAACGCCUGCUUGUGCCCCAGGCCCAGCCCCCAAUGCCCACCCAGCGCCGGGGGUUAAAGAGGAGGAAGAUGGCAGAUAAGGUUCUACCUCAGCGAAUUCGGGAGCUUGUCCCAGAGUCUCAGGCGUACAUGGAUCUCUUGGCUUUUGAGCGGAAGCUGGACCAGACCAUUGCCCGAAAGCGGAUGGAGAUCCAGGAGGCCAUCAAAAAGCCUCUGACGCAAAAACGAAAGCUGCGGAUCUAUAUUUCCAAUACGUUCAGUCCCAGCAAGGCAGAAGGUGAUACUGCGGGGACCGCAGGGCCCCCCGGGGGAACCCCCGCAGGGGACAAGGUGGCUUCCUGGGAACUCCGAGUGGAGGGAAAACUGCUGGAUGAUCCUAGCAAACAGAAGAGGAAGUUUUCUUCAUUCUUCAAGAGCCUCGUCAUUGAGCUGGACAAGGAACUGUACGGGCCUGACAACCACCUGGUGGAGUGGCACCGGAUGCCCACCACCCAGGAGACUGAUGGCUUCCAGGUGAAACGGCCCGGAGACCUCAACGUCAAGUGCACCCUCCUGCUCAUGCUGGAUCAUCAGCCUCCCCAGUACAAGUUGGACCCCCGACUGGCAAGGCUGCUGGGGGUGCACACACAGACCAGGGCAGCCAUCAUGCAGGCCCUGUGGCUUUACAUCAAACACAACCAACUGCAGGACGGGCACGAGCGCGAGUACAUCAACUGCAACCGGUACUUCCGCCAGAUCUUCAGUUGCGGCCGACUUCGUUUCUCCGAGAUUCCCAUGAAGCUGGCUGGGUUGCUGCAGCAUCCAGACCCCAUUGUCAUCAACCACGUCAUUAGUGUAGACCCUAAUGACCAGAAGAAGACGGCAUGUUAUGACAUCGAUGUGGAGGUAGACGACCCACUCAAGGCCCAGAUGAGCAAUUUUUUGGCCUCUACCACCAAUCAGCAGGAGAUUGCCUCCCUUGAUGUCAAGAUCCAUGAGACCAUUGAGUCCAUUAACCAGCUGAAGACCCAGAGGGAUUUCAUGCUCAGCUUUAGCACCGACCCUCAGGACUUCAUCCAGGAAUGGCUCCGUUCCCAGCGCCGAGACCUCAAGAUCAUCACUGAUGUGAUUGGGAAUCCCGAGGAGGAGAGACGAGCUGCUUUCUACCACCAGCCCUGGGCCCAGGAGGCAGUGGGGAGGCACAUUUUUGCCAAGGUGCAGCAGCGAAGGCAAGAACUGGAACAGGCCCAAGUCGGUCCGCCGGAGGCUGUCCUUUGACAUUGUCACGGAGACCUUUCAGAACCGGGCCCGCUGGCUUGGCUUGUUUACAGACCCCCUUGGGGCCAGUGUCCGAGCUGGCUCUGGGGCGCUGGGUCAGGAAGAGGAGCACAGCUCACGCUCUUCCUAGCCUUUCUAAACCAAAGUUCUUGGCCAUUCCUACCAGCCCAGCCUUGCUGCUGGUUUUUCCUUUUCUUUGGGUAUUUGCACUAUGUGGGAAGCAGGUUUUUCUAUGCGGGAACCACUUUUUUUGUACAGGGGUAAGUUGGGGUUUUCAGGGAGCCCUGUUUGGUGCCUCCUUCCGUUUUUUUCUUUCCUCAAUCUAUGCAAGCGGCUCUGGCCGCCAUCUCCUCGGACGCCAGGGGGCUGCACCCCAGCUCUUGAGCCCAGGGUGGGAGAGCCUCCUCGGAGGGGACUCCAGUUCUCUAGCAGGGCCUGAGGUACGGGUGUGCGUGCUUGGUGGAGGGCGGGGGGAUGGGAGGGGGAGCGGUGGGGAGGACUGUUAUUGCCCUUUGGAGCUUGGAGGAGGGUGGACCCCAGGGCUUGGCAAGGGCCACUUCUGGCAGGUUUGGGAAUUUCCAAAUAAAUCCUUGUUUAU